AUGCCUCCAAAAAAAUCAGGCAAGAAAGACGCGAAGAGGGAGGUGCCAGCGAUCGACCCGAAGUCAUCCUUCACGCCCGAGAACUUUGGGGCUGAGCUUAAGAACCUCGCAGAUCAAGCCAAGAAUGAGACUUGGGGGAAAUGGGCCGUUCAGGAAGCUGUCAUUUGGGCCAAGGCCGCGGCCUUGCUGGCCGUCGUUGCCGUGUACGCUAAUGUUUCCGAGUUGGCCUUGUCGCCUGUCUACGGUGGCAUUCCAUCGUCCAUAUACCACUCCAAGGUGGUGAUAGGUGGUGCCUUCGUGGGAUGGGCUGGUAACUUAUUGCUGAGACGCAACCUGCCCAUGAAGACGCAGUACUUCCUUCCGCUCAUCGCGGCUUAUAUCCCAAUGAUUCAAUUCUACCUCUUCAAAGUGAGCGGGACUCUGGCAGCAACCCACGGUCCUCUAGUCACCGAGCUGCUUACCAUCUUCCCGCUUCUGGUCUUCUCGGUCGCAUGCGUGGCAGACAUCCUCGAGAGGGCCGAUCUGGAUGGUCUGCCCAAGUGGGCUGCCGAUGCCGCACCUGGCUUUCUCUCCUACGGCAUCUACAAGUUCUUCGAGAUGUUCGCAGCGGACAAUCUGCCGUCCGGUAUUGGCCAGUCGUUUCUGCAGACCCGCAUGGGAUGGGAAUUGGUGCUUGCUAGCACUUAUACGAUCAUGGCACCGUCAAAGCUACUAUUAUAUAGUAUCCCGGCCUUUCUGCACGCUGCGUUUUUGAAUACGCAUGUCAUGACACCGAUUGCUACCAAGUCGCUCAACUCUACCCUGAACGCAGACGGUUGGACUCUACUCGACCGAUGGGAGUCAAUCACAGGAUACGUGUCAGUCUUGGAAAGUGAUCGGGACGGCUACAGGGUUAUGAGGUGUGAUCACAGUCUUUUGGGCGGCGAGUGGCACAAGCUACCUAAGCCGAUUGUCAGUGAGCCGGUAUACGCUGUUUUCACAAUGUUGGAAGCCGUGCGAUUGGUGGAAGUACCAGAAAAGGUACCUGAUAGUCAGGCAAAGGCUCUCAACAUUGGGUUGGGCAUCGGCACUACGCCUUCAGCACUGAUUGCGCACGGUAUCGACACCACCAUUGUUGAGAUUGAUCCUAUCGUGUACGAUUUUGCAGUCAAGUACUUUGGUUUACCUGCAAAUCACACCGCAGCCAUUGAAGAUGCCGUCAGCUACACUGAACGCAUUGCGCAAGAUCAAGCCCAAAGUUUUGACUACAUCAUCCAUGACGUAUUCACGGGAGGUGCUGAGCCGAUUCCGUUGUUCACAUUGGAGUUUCUACAGUCUUUGAACAACUUGCUCAAACCGAAUGGUGUUGUCGCGAUUAACUACGCUGGUGACUUCACUUUGCCUCCGCUAAGCACCGUAAUGCACACGAUCAGGGAGGUCUUCCCCUCCUGUCGUAUAUUCCGAGAAUCGCCAGCCCCAUCCGCCGAGAAAUUAGAGGAGAACGGUCGGGAUUUUGACAAUGUUGUUGUGUUCUGCCGUAAGACGGCGGACAAGAUUACGUUCCGCCCCGUGGUUCAAGCCGACUUACUACAGAGCAGAGCCCGGGCUCAUUACCUCAUGCCCAGGAAUGAAGUCCCAGAGUCAGCAUUCAUGACAGGUGACGAUAUCAAGCUCGUCAGGAAGAACGACACAGCUGCACUGGCCAACUACCAUGACAAGACCGGGCUGGGUCAUUGGGCUGUUAUGAGAGAAGUGAUACCCAAGAACAUCUGGGAGAAUUGGUAA